CCGCGAUGGCCCCGCCGCCGCUCCUGCUGCUCCUGCCGCCGCCGCUGCUGCUGCUGCUGGCCGUCCCCACGGCGGCGGUGCCCGCGGCCCCCCUGCCAGCCUUAGACGUCUUUGGGAACGGGCCGCCCGUCACCCACAAGAUGGGCAGUCUAUACCUGCAGAAGCCCCUCAGGGAGUCCGGGGCACAGCUUGUCAAUGUCACCCUCUACUAUGAAGCCCUGUGUGGUGGCUGCCGCGCCUUCCUGAUCCGGGAGCUCUUCCCAACGUGGCUGAUGGUCAUGGAGAUCCUCAAUGUCACACUGGUGCCCUACGGAAACGCGCAGGAACAAAAUGUCAGCGGUAGGUGGGAGUUCAAGUGCCAGCAUGGAGAAGAGGAGUGCAAAUUCAACAAGGUGGAGGCCUGCCUGUUGGAUGAACUGGAGAUGGAGUCAGCCUUCCUGACUAUCGUCUGCAUGGAAGAGUUCGACAACAUGGAAGAAAGCCUGCCGCUAUGCCUGAAGCUCUAUGCCCCAGACCUGUCACCAGACACUGUCAUGAAGUGUGCGACGGGGGACCGCGGCAUGCAGCUCAUGCACGCCAACGCCCAGCGGACAGAUGCUCUCCAGCCACCCCACGAGUAUGUGCCCUGGGUCACCGUCAAUGGGAAACCCUUGGAAGAUCUGAGCCAGCUCCUGGCCCUCGUCUGCCAGCUGUACCAAGGCAAGAAGCCAGAUACCUGCCCUCCCUCAACCAGCUCCCUCAGGAGUGUCUGCUUCAAGUGAUGGCCGGUGCCCCGCAGGGAGCCGAUGGAGGGCAAGGGGGAACCCAGCUCCCUGCCAUGUUUUCCGAUCCGGCCCCUUGGCACCUGCUGCUCAUUUCUUUGUUACCAACUGCAAAUUUUCUCUGUUUCCCAUGAAGCCCAGACGCACAAAAUUCCACCCCGUGAUCCAGAAUCUUGCUCCACUAAGAACGGUGCUAAAGUAAAACUAGUUGAAUAAACC